GUACCGAAGUCCAGUGCCCAGCCCUAGUAGACACUAGUCUACGCGACGUGUCAGAGAGGCAACAGUGCAUGCGGUUGCGUGUCAUGCGUAAAGCAAGCUUGCGUGGACCUCGUCGCUGGCGUUUCGCCAUGGCGUCGCUGGCGUUUCGCCGCUGCUCGAAACGAGCACCUUGCGAACGUCCGCACCUAGCGAGUCCGUAUCAAGCAGCAGCCGUCGUCCGUCCCCGUUGCCGAAACUAGUGUGACUCGGCGCUGCAGUCAUUGAACAGCGCUGCAGUGGUGGCGGCGCGAGAGCCCGACCCUCCCAGAUGAAGUCCGUUCUCCCAGCUGCGUGCUUCCGGGGAAGACGGCUCGGAGCCGCUUGGCCGCUAUUAUCGCGCCUCUCUAACCGCCACCCUCAGAUAGUUUUCCCGAGCCCGAGGCUCGUUGCCGCAACAGGGCCCCGCCCGGGCCGUCGUCGCUCUUAUCAUGCCUGAUAAGGUUCAUCCCCAUCCCCAUCCCCCCGCAAUCCCCAACCCCCCCUCCCCCUGCCCCACCUCCUCCUCCCUUCCCCCUCCUCUCCCCCCCCCACCCCCCACUCUCCCCCUUUCGACCUGUGAAUGGAAAGUCGUACUCGUUCUUUGCCUUGUGAGCAGAAAGUCGCCGCCUUUGCUGGCCACUCCGUUCGUUAAAGACAAGCGUGUGCUGUGCGUUCUGCGGUUGAGUCGUGCUGUGACCCGGUGACCCUGUGACCCUGUGCGUCCGAUGAGCAUCCCUGCUGCUUCGCCGCAUGAUACCAACGCAGCUGCUGCUGCUGCUGCUGCCGCUUCUGCUGCUGCUGCCACAACUGGCGGCGCCCCUGCAGCAGCGGCGGCGUACCCAACCUAUGGCGGGGUUCUGGUGUGCGCCCACUGUCGCGGCAUGGCUUGGUGGGCCUACCUUAUCCUCUCCGUAGUGUGCAUCGCUCUUAUAGUAGCAGUUUUCUGUGUCUUAUAUCGAGUCAUAUGCUCGGGACUGAGGCGGUGGAGGCAGUGCAAGCAGAUCCAGCACCACCAGCAUCAGGAGGAGAUUCUACGGCCGGAGCAGCAGCACCAUCAGUGGGAUGCAGAGCAGCAGCAGCAGCAGCAGCAGCAUGUGUGGUCGGAAGAGCAACAGGACGAUGUUGUUUUGCCGGUGUCAACAGCACCACAGGGGCAGGGGCCGUAUUCAUCACAAUUUGGCUUUCCUGUCUACCCUCCAGCUCUGUGCAGCGGACAGCCAAGCAACCAGAGGUAACUUCAAGGUGGCAAGGCAACUCCAACAGUGGAUUGUUUGAGACUGGCAAGAGUCAAGAUACUACCACCAGCAUUUGCUGUGUCUGAUGGAAAGCAAAGUGAGCAGGUGGUGUAGAGCAGUGGAGCCUUGCUAGCAUGCUGCAAGAAGUUGUUCCCGCUGUAGAGUGUUUUAAGGGU